UAUGCAAGGAGGCAUUUUCUCUUGCUGGUGCAGCUGAGAGAGAGAGAGAGAGAGGGAGAGAGAGAGAGAGAGAGACCUGGAAAUGAAAGUAAAGAGAUCAGGAGGCACAUGGAGGGAGCUGCAGGGGCAGCCGAUCCAGAAGCAGAAUGCUUCCUUCUAUAAUUAAAUAACAUUUACUAUUAUUAUUACUUAUAGUAAUAAUACUUUAAUAAUAUUUCUAAUAAUAUAAUACCAUUUAUCAAGGAAAGUUAUACGUAGCGUGGGGGGGAACCCAAGGAGAGCAACUAUAAUGGAGAGACAGAAGAGAAAACAAGAAAUAGAGAAGGGACUUCAGUUCAUUCAGUCCACAUUACCCCUAAGCCAAGAAGAUUAUGAGGCCUUUUUGCAGAAGCUGGUGCGAAACCUGUUUGCAGAGGGCAACGACUUGUUCCGAGAGAAGGAUUUCAAGCUUUCACUGGUACAGUAUGUGGAAGGGCUGAACGUGGCGGAUUACGCAGCCUCCGAUGAGGUGACCAUCCCAAAGGAACUCCUAUGCAAACUGCAUGUCAAUCGAGCUGCCUGCUACUUUGCCAUGGGUUUGUACGAAAAGGCACUGGAAGACAGUGAGAAGGCUUUGGGUCUAGACAAGGAGAACAUCCGAGCGCUCUUCCGGAAAGCCCGCUCCUUAAAUGAACUGGGAAGACACAAAGAAGCAUAUGAGUGUAAUAGCCGAUGUUUGCUGUCCCUUCCACAUGAUGAAAGCGUCACACAGCUAGGACAGGAGCUGGCCCAGAAGCUGGGACUGAGAGUUCGAAAAGCGUACAAGAGGCCUCAGCAGGAAUUGGAAACAUUCUCUUUACUCAGUAAUGGCACGUCAAUCAAUUUAUCAAAUCAGACCACUUCCAAUGGCUUGGGUUCGAUCGAUGACAUCGAAAUAGACUGCUCUGUGGACCUGCAGUGCCUCUCAGCUCCUGUGGCCACCUCCAUCCCCGUGAGCGAAGGGUUGGCCCCUUUGCCCUCCGACUCAGAUGUGAAGGGCCUGCCUACCUCACUCCCUGCUGCCAGCUUGCUCCCAUCCUCAGACUGCGUGUCUCUGCCAGUGCCUGAAAGCGUGGAAGACUUCACAGAUGGCGACAUCAUUGGGGAAGAAUUGGACUCCCUCCUUGACUCCCUUGCCGAGGGGUCACAGUACCCUCUAUCUCUGGUUCAGGGCACCAUUCCCACAAACCUGCCAACAGAGAUGCCACAGCUGAUUCCUGUGUUUCCUGGGGGAACCCCACUGCUGCCCCCAGUUGUGACAGCCAGCAUCCCCGUCUCCACCCCGCUGCCACCUGCCUCCUUCGGCCUGGUGAUGGAUCCCACCAAGCAGCUCUCCUCCUCCUCUGUCAUGGAUGCCUUUGAGCCCCCGCCAGGGGGAAGUGGUGGCUCCACCUUAGAUUCUCUGGAUUCCCUGGAUCUGCUCCCCUACACAGACUCACGGCUCGAUGCCCUGGACUCCUUUGGGACUAGAGGGUCGCUAGAUGCCUUGGAUUCUUUUGCCAUUGAAGAAACCAGCCCUCAGGAACUGAGACACCCACCUGGCAGCCAAAAGCCAUCCCCCGUGGUGAGUGAGACGAUUCCUCAUGCUGAUGUCCCAAGGUGCCCUGGAGCCAAGGUCAGUCUAGGUGGAGUGAAUCACCCGGCUGUGCCUAAGGUCACCGAGCACCUGCUAUCCCAGCCAGAAACAGUAAUGGCCAACACAGCCCUGUUGGUGAAGAACCCCCUGGCAUCCACUCAUGUCUUCAAACAAGCCUGUCAUAUCUGCUACCCCAAAACAGGGCCCAAGGCUGGUGAUUAUACUUAUCGGGAAGGCUUGGAGCACAAGUGCAAACGGGACAUCCUGCUUGGCAGGCUGAAGAGCUCUGAAGACAAGACCUGGAAGAGGAUCCGUCCUCGUCCCACCAAAACCAACUUUGUAGGAUCCUAUUACCUGUGCAAAGAUAUGCUUAACAAGCAGGACUGUAAGUACGGGGAUAACUGCACCUUCGCGUACCACCAGGAGGAGAUCGACGUGUGGACAGAGGAGAGGAAGGGGACCCUCAACCGUGACCUCCUCUUUGACCCGCUAGGUGGGAUCAAGCAGAGCAGUCUCACCAUUGCCAAGCUCCUGAAGGAACAUCAGGGCAUCUUCACCUUUCUCUGUGAGAUUUGCUUUGACAGCAAACCCCGGAUUAUCAGCAAAGGGACCAAGGACACACCAUCUGUCUGCUCCAACCUUUCUGCCAAACACAGUUUCCAUGACAACAAGUGUCUAGUCCACAUCGUGCGUUCCACCUCCCUGAAGUACUCCAAGAUCCGCCAGUUCCAGGAGCACUUCCAGUUCGACGUGUGCCGACAUGAGGUACGUUAUGGCUGCCUGCGGGAGGACAGUUGCCACUUUGCUCACAGUUUCAUCGAGCUCAAGGUCUGGCUGCUGCAGCAAUAUUCAGGAAUGACCCAUGAAGAUAUUGUGCAAGAAUCCAAGAAGUAUUGGCAGCAGAUGGAGGCACAUGCUAGCAAACCAACCAACAGCAUGGCUUCCACCCGGGCUCCCACAUCAAGCACCUUUGACCUCCAGAUGAAAUUUGUGUGUGGCCAAUGCUGGAGGAAUGGGCAGCUGGUGGAGCCAGAUAAAGACCUCAAGUACUGUAGUGCCAAAGCCCGCCACUGUUGGACAAAGGAACGUCGUGUUCUGCUGGUGAUGUCCAAAGCAAAGAAGAAGUGGGUGUCUGUCCGACCACUGCCUUCCAUCCGCAACUUCCCACAGCAAUAUGAUUUGUGUAUCCAUGCACAAAAUGGCAGGAAAUGCCAGUAUGUGGGCAACUGCUCCUUUGCCCACAGUCCUGAGGAGAGAGACAUGUGGACCUUCAUGAAGGAAAAUAAAAUACUAGAUAUGCAGCAGACCUAUGACAUGUGGCUAAAGAAACACAAUCCUGGGAAGCCUGGAGAGGGAACACCACUCACAUCUCGAGAAGGAGAGAAACAAAUCCAGAUGCCCACCGACUAUGCUGACAUCAUGAUGGGCUACCAUUGCUGGCUCUGCGGGAAGAACAGCAACAGCAAGAAACAGUGGCAGCAGCACAUCCAGUCGGAGAAGCACAAGGAGAAGGUCUUCACCUCAGACAGUGACUCCAGCUGCUGGAGCUACCGCUUCCCCAUGGGCGAGUUCCAGCUCUGUGAAAGGUUUCAGAAGAGCAAGGUUUGUCCUGAAGGAGAAGAGUGUCGCUAUGCUCAUGGCCAGGAGGAGCUGACGGAGUGGCUAGACCGGAGAGAAGUGCUGAAACAGAAGCUGGCCAAAGCCCGCAAGGACAUGCUGCUCUGCCCCAGGGAUGAUGACUUUGGGAAAUACAACUUCCUAUUGCGGGAUGGCGUAUAGUAAGGGCUGGGGGGAGCCUGUCAGCUGGAGAAACAUGAGGUGGGUUUUCCGAGAGUGGCGAUAGCAGGGAGAGUGAGAUCGAUAUCUCGCAAAGAGAACUUUCUUUUCUUUCGUUUUAAGAUUACGAGACGAUGAUUUAUUAGUGGUGAAUGAAAUCGUGAAUUUGAUUCUCCUUGGCCAGCGAACGCCAUGCUCACUGAGUUCAUCUUCUCUCUUCUCUCUCUUACCCCCCCCCCCCACAAUUAUUCUUCUCCAUCUUUCUGUUUUCUCUGUCCUUUAUUUAAGGAAAGAAUUCUGUUUGUACUGGGGUGUGAAUUGGAGAAUUUUUUCCUUGUUCCCCUGCCCUUCAGUUCAGAGUGUGGCUGCAGAGGUCAGGAGGACAAACAGGGAGGGAAAGCUGAGAGAAAGGGCUGGACAUCUGGUAAAAGGGUGACCAUGAAGUGCACGUGCUCCUUUUUUUCAGCGCUACAGAGCAAGCCCUGCUUACAUGGCUGCAACUGGCCCACUCUCCUGGGAGUUCAAUACCAGAAGAAUUGGGAAUUGAGAUGCCAAGGAGGGAAGCUACAAAAUCUGGUUUAAAACAUCUAGGCUUAAACCCAUACUGUAUAUGUUCCCCUAAGGCAUCAGCUGGAGCUGAGGAAGGUAUUAGUCAUUUGGUGUAGAGCGUAGUUAAAAACAAGUAUGCUGCAGUGUCCCAGCACUGAGAACUUAAUAGUAGGUAACUUUAGCCUGUUUUGAUUGACCAUACCAGGAAAGCAAAGUGAUGAGCCCUCAUCAUGUAGCAGCUGACCCCCAAAUAUGUAACAGGUAUUUGGGGUUGGUAGUUUUGAUUUGUUUUCUUGGCUGAUGCAACUGGUCCAAAUAAGACUGGAGCCAUCUAGAAGCACACCGUGUCACUGUAUUCUACUCUGGAACAUCAGUCAGGAAAAAAAGGCUGUAAGCAAAAGGAGCCUGUAUUUCUGUCAGCUUCUGUCCUGAAGAGAGGGAGGGAGGUAAUGGGGUUCCCAUUUUGUUUUUUAAAUAGUGUGCAUGUGUGUAACUGGUUAUUUAGAGCUGUGCUGUUUCCUGCGCUGCCAGAGGAACCGGGUAGGAACCCGUUUGAAAGGACACUUGAGCAGCAUGGGGCUAACACAGAGGGCUUGGCUCUGGCGACACUUUGCCGCAGGGGAUCCAACUGGAAGUCGCUUACGAGUGCUGAGGCUGUGGCGCAGUGUCUUCCUUCUCUAAGCUGCGACUGGGAGCUGGCAGGCGCGCAGCACAGCACGGGGGAGAGGGAGCCGGGAGAUGGCCUCGGGCAGGGACCAUAGCUGUGGGCAGAGGGCAAGCAGGACGGCAGGACCCAGCCGUGCGCCUGCUCGCAUCCCGCCUGACUAAUGCUCUGCAGUGAAACCAGCCAGCCCCAACAGGGAACUCUGGGCCAGGGCUUUUGGCUUUUGCCUCUCAUUGCUGCCUUUAUAAUACUUCUCUGUAUGCCAGCCUUGUCCUUUCUGGCAGUCCCGUCUUGUAAGCAGGAAACGUGUCCUGUCUUGAGCUUCCCUCUCCUCUCUGACUGCAGCCCAAUGGUGCUCUGCAGUUUUGUAUGCAUGGAUGGCACCAUCCACUCAAGCCCAAAUGCAUCUCCCCCUCUGCCUUUGUGGGUGAUGUCUGUUUGUGUGGAGUCUCCCAGGACUGUGAGCUCAGAGCCCUCAGGGUUGGCCGUGCUGUAUCCAUAGUAAAUACAAUCUGGCCCUGUAUUGUGUGGUGGUUUGGCAUUGCUGGGUCCCUUUUCUCCUUUUUUCCCUCCCUACUGCAAUAUCUUCGGGAUCUCCAGCUUCAAAAGAGGGCAGAUGUGGAGAUACGCAGAGGCUGUGGGGGAAGCUGCCAGCUUUCUAAGCCAGCCGCAAGGUAGCUGCCUCAGCUCUGCCGGAGUAGUUAUGGCCCAGCAGCAGGGUGAGCUGCAUUCUAGUCUUGGGUCUUUCCAGUGAUAUUAUGUGCUUCAUAUAAGCCAGUGCCUCUGAGCUUGUUUCCUUUCUUAUAAGACAUGGAUGGUGUUUACUGGUGUGGUAUGAGCUUCCCUCCUUGGCUGUGUAACACUUUAGGGUCUGGCUUGGAAGGGGCCAGGACUGUAACAUCAUCUGAUAUACUGGUGGUUAUGGUAGAUUCACGAGAAGAAGAAAGCGGUUAUUGCCAUCUUGGACAGUGUGCAGGAGAAGGAAGGGAUGUGGAAGGAUCCCUACUGUCCGUAGCGCUGCCAGGCAUGACAGUUUUUGAGCAGAGAGGUGCUAUAUUUUCUCCUCUGCCCUUUGUUGUAGCUGUCAGGAUCAUACCUUCUCCUGAUGCUCCUUGUGCUGAACUGGCCAACUUCAGAAACUGUGAGAGAUGAGGAGGAGGAAAUAGGCAUCAAUGUCGGGGAUUGUCUUGUUCUGUUGUUCUUGGACAGAAAUGCCAAGGAAGUGAAUCCGGAUCGGGGAAUGUUGGAAUGUGUUUUUAUUUUUACGAUAAAUCCGCAUCUCUAGUGUCACUCCAGUGUUCGCUGCGCCGUGAUUUCUAAUACGAUAACUUGUUUAGGUUACCGAGCGGGUUGCUGUCCCCUCUCCUUGUCUCUCGGAGACCUCAGGCGCUCGUCGGGCCUUCCACCCCAUGCUGACGGAGGUGUGGAUUGCGGCCAAGACAAGGGGAGGGCGAGCGUGCCUGAGGCGAGGGAGGCCCACGGUCAUGGGUAUUGCAUUGAGUAUUUCUUUUUGUUUUCCCUGAUAUGAUAACCUGGUCUGUGGUGUUGCAGUACUUUGUCACCAGACUUGUUCUAGUGUGUAUAUAUGUGAUCCCUCCCAUAAAGCAUAUAUACACAAGUAUUAAAUAUAUUUCUCUAUAUAAUAUUAUAUGUGUGUGGUAUCAAAGGAAUCUUUUUAAUGAGGGUAAAGGAAAAGGACUCGGGCAAGGAAACGCAGCAUCUCCGAUUUAAAUAUGAAGACUUUUAUUUGGGUUAGGGAAAAGGAGUUAUUAAAGAGGGGAGGGUUUUAUAUAGAUAGGUAUAAAUUUUGAGAUGGGACAGGUUUCCCUGUUCAUACUUCUGAGAGCCCUCUGGGAUGUUCUUGCAGUCCCAUCUCACUGAAGGAGUAUUAUACUGCUAAGCUUGUGAAUAAAGUUUUAAUGGUAAGUCUUUGCUUAUAUUAUUUAAAGGGAAUUGUGAAAGGCAGGAAGCUUCACACUUGACUUCCUAGGCUCGCUUUAUCACGUCAAGGGGAUUUUCUUUGGCAUGUUAUGUACUCUCACCAGAAAUGCUCAGUGCUAACAGCUCUGCAGCAAUUAAACCAAAAGUAAGUUGUAGGACUGCUUUAGUGGUGCAUUCAUGAGACCCUGCAGUAACUCUCCCUUUUCUGUAUUCAUGUAAGGGCAGAGGAAAAUUUUGCAAUGCAGAACCAAAUCUGAGGGUAAUUAACAACAGAAGUCAUGUUUUCAUUUUGUAGCUUUAGAAGAAAAUCUUAUAUCCCUUAAAAUAACCACACAUACGCUCACACAAAAUAAACACUUUGAUUUAGCUCAGCUUGUUAAAAGCUGAAGGACUUAUAGUAAAAAUCCUUUCUCAUAUCCUGGGAGGGAUUUAUGUGAUGUUGGUGUUGGAGUUAAUCUGACCUUUAUGGGGGGAAAGAAGAAAAACAAAACAAAACCAAAACCCCAUUUAGCUUGUAUGAAAUUGUAUGUCAAAAAUGGAUGGGUUUUAGCAAGUGAAAGGAGAAGAUAGCAAGGGGAUGCUGCAGUUCUGAGCAAAGUAGUAAUGAUUUUGAGUCCUUUAAUAUGUCUUUGUAUUAAUAUAAUUUAAGAAUACCACGCUUUACUAUUAAAAAAAACUUAGUAUCUUUCAUAAGGUCUAGUAUCGGGAUAAUAAUGUAGAUGUUUUAACAACAUUUUUGGUUUUGUUCUUAAAUAAAGAAACCAAACCUGCUUCUUUUAGCCUUUUUAAUAGAAAAUAAAAGUGUGCACUUUAAACCCUC